GUCACGGGCUUCAAAAACCGGAACACAUGGUUUCAUGGAUGGAAUAGCGACACAGUCUUUCCUACAUCAUCAAAAAGUGUUUUAGUAGCAGGACAUUAUUACAUCUAUCUAUACAAUAUGGGAGUGACUAAACAGUAUCUUCGUGUGGAAGCUAAAGAUGUGUUUGGGCUGGUGGCUAGUCCACGCUCAAACAUUGUCCUCUUAAAAAACAUGAAAGGCAAUGUGCGUCAGGCAGCAGUUGGGGCAUGUGAAAAUGUUAUCAUUUGGGAUCUGCUUACCAAGGAGAAGGUUCAGAUUCUGAAGGGAGAUAAGCAUGAAGUCAGUAGGGUGGCAAAAACGCCUGACGACCGACAUCUGGCUGUGGGCUACAUGGAUGGCAGCAUACGUGUAUUUGAAGUGGUGACUGGAGAGAUCAAAAUCACUUUCCAAGGUCAUCGAUCUGCUGUAACUGCUCUUGCCUAUGAUCACGAUGGACUGCGAUUAGUGUCCGGUUCUAAGGAUACUGAUGUUAUUGUUUGGGAUGUAGUAAGUGAAUCAGGACUUUUCCGCCUGAAAGGUCACAAAGGGGAGGUCACGAAGGUUGAAUUUCUUAAAGAAAGAAAUGUUCUUUUAACAAGCUCCAAGGAUACAUUUGUGAAGUUCUGGGACCUUGACACACAGCACUGCUUCUGUACAUUGACAGGACAUCGCACAGAGGUCUAUGGCUUUGUGCUUAUAAACAGCGGACAGCGUCUUAUCACUGGGUCAGCAGACAGCGAGUUGCGUGUAUGGGACAUCACUUAUACUGAAGAGUAUGAUGGUGAUGAUGAUGAAGAAUCCAGCAAACCAAAACGUCAACGACCAGACAAUAACAGUGAAGAGGACGAGGAUGAACUGAACAUCCUGCAUUGUCAUCCAGUUGGAUCUGUAAUGCGACAUGGGAGAGAUCGGGUUGUGUGUUUAACAACUGACCCCACAGAUCGCUACCUUGUUUGUCAUGGGCUUGGAAACAGCUAUGAAGUAUUUAUUAUAGCCAGUGAUGCAGAACUGAAAAAAAAGUUGGCAAAGCGGCGCAAGAAAGCCAGAUUGCAACAACAAAAAGAUGAAGCUCUUCCAGAACCGUCUUUAACUUUACAGGACCAAGUGCGGCAUAUGAACAAGUUUAAAAUGUCAUCCAAAAUGCGAUGGAUAGAUGUGUCUAUAACAUCUCCUGAGCAGCUACAGGUGGUCGGCCUUCUCAACAACAACAAACUUGAGGUUGUAGACCUGCAGAUAGAUGUUACCUCACUGCAGGUGUUAAAAACUUCAAACAUCCACAACGGUGGUCAUCGAAGUGAUGUGCGGACUCUAGCCUUUAGUUCAGACAACAGUACUAUUUUAUCUGCAAGUGGAGAACAGGCAAAGCUCUGGAUUAGGUCAACCUUACACUGCUUCCGCACACUAGCUUGUGACUAUGCUCUAUGCUCAGUCUUUUCCCCUGGAGAUCGUUACGUCAUCAUUGGAACCAAGAGUGGAAGACUUCAGGUUUUUGAUGUGGAUGAAGGUACCAUGAUAGAAAAUAUUGAUGCACAUAGUGGCGCCAUCUGGUCUCUGAGUUUAGCACCUGAUAAGAGAGGUUUGGUCACUGGCAGUGCAGACCACACAGUCAAGUUUUGGAAUUUUGAGCUAGUGUCUGUUUCUGAAAAUAGUUCUGGAAGGAAGCAGCUUUCUCUAAUACACACUCGUACUUUGCAAAUGGAUGAGGAUGUUCUGUGUGUCAGGUACAGCCCAGAUCAACGACUGUUGGCUGUAGCUCUGCUUGACAAUACAGUCAAGGUCUUUUUUGUUGAUACAUUAAAGUUCUUUUUGUCUCUGUACGGCCACAAACUGCCAGUCCUGUGCAUGGAUAUUUCUUCAGACUCCACACUCAUUGUUACGGGUUCUGCUGACCGCAAUGUGAAGAUCUGGGGGCUGGACUUUGGCGAUUGCCACCGUUCACUCUUUGCUCAUGAUGAUAGCAUCUUGUGUAUCCAGUUUGUACCACGUACUCAUAUGUUCUACACAGCCAGCAAAGAUAAUAAAGUGAAACAAUGGGAUGCAGACAACUUUGAGAACAUUAUCACUCUGCACGGCCAUCAUGGAGAGGUGUGGGCACUUGCAGUCAGUCCCAAUGGGAAAUCUGUUGUCACUUCAAGUCACGACCAUUCACUGCGACUGUGGGAAAAAACUGAAGAACUUCUUGUUUUGGAGGAAGAGCGAGAAAUGGAACGUGAAAAAGAGUAUGAAGAAUCAGCUGCACAAGAUGGAGAGCCUGUAAUCCCAGGGGAGACAAAUGAUGAAUUUGCUCAUGCAGGGAAGAAGAACAUAGAGACUGUGAAAGCUGCUGAAAAACUUAUUGAAGCAGUGGAAGUUUACAAGGAAGAGACACAGAAGUUAGCUCAGCACAAGGCACAAUGCCAGGCUGCUGGAAAACAGCUUCCAGCACCAACUCCUCAUCCCCUAUUGGUUGCAUAUCAUGCUACUUCUCCUUCGCACCUUGUUCUGCAGAUUAUCAGAAAGAUCAAAUCCAGUGAAUUGGAUGAGUCUUUGCUGGUGUUACCCUUUGCUGUUUCAACUGAUCUGCUUUCUAUCCUUGAAACUUUCCUGUCCAAUGGCUGGGAGACAGAACUUACCUCUCGCUGUCUUCUAUUUCUUCUCAGGAUCCACCAUGGUCAGGUGACCUCAACACAAGUAUUGCUGCCCACUAUAGACAGACUACGGCCCCUGAGCAAAGAACGUGCAGAUCAUCUCAAAGAUACAGUAGGUUUCAACUUGAUGGGCCUUCAGAUGUUAAGGCUGAAAUUGGAGGAGAAAAAGGGUGUGAAAGUAUUCGCUGAUGCCACCUCAAAAUUUAAAGAGAGGAUAAAGAAAAAACGGAAGGCAGUCCUCACAAUUGUCACAUGAAUCUUUUUUUCAAAGAAUUUUUACAGAACUUUUCCCCUUUCCCCAGAAACUGAUUACUUUGACAGUAUGCCUGUAGGAUUAUUUUGAGGUUGAUGCCCGUGAGAUUAAAAAGUGAAGGCAGGUGUCCUGGGACUUCCAGAAUACAGACCUUUUCAAUUACCAGUGACACAAAUCGUUUUGUUAUGGAGCUGUGAAGCUAAAUGAAAGUGUGCAAGUUACUGCUUGAUAGUGGAUCUACUGCUUGCUUGCAGGCACAUGGAAUUCAUGUUUCCAUUGUUCCAGUUGACUGAUGAAGUGACUGAAGUAUAGUGUAGAGGCCAGUGAUUUGUGUGCAAAGUUCUGUGCCAGAAACAGCAACAGUAUCGAGUGCUUUUGUGUCAGCAGUUGAUAACAGUUUUGUAUGUUUUUGUGUCUGUUUGCUUGAUUGAUUCAUGUAAAGAGAUGGGUACUGGGACUGAAUGAAAUAUUAUUUUAUGUGCACUCAGAAGGAAAAGUUUUUUGUUUUUUUUUUUGUCUGGAGAAGGUAUUUUGAGAAGAUGUUUCAUCAAUAAAAUGUGAAAAACUGUUA